UCCCCUUAAUUUGAACGUUCAACGGUGUUCUUUAUUUCAUCCACAAAAUCUUGAAUAUCAUUUCAGGUUGCACGGUCAGUAAUAUAAGUCUCAAAAUCUCCAUGGUCAGGGACAUACCUUACCAGUGCGUUGAAUGAUGGGGCUUGUUUCGGAAAAUUUGCUUCUUCAGCUUGUGGGAAUAAUAAUUACAAUCGCUGGUGCGAUAUAUCUUUACCUGAAACAUGUCGCUUACCAUUACUGGAGUUCGAUGGGAAUCGCGCAGUCUACACCUACUAUUCCAUUUGGAAACCUGUGGCCGGUCAUUACUGCAAAAAAGUCCGUGGGCCAACUGAUGCGUGACCUGUACUUGGACCGCAGGGAGAACCGCAUGUUUGGAGUCUAUUCCUUCCACAAGCCAGCACUGGUGGUCUGCGAUCCUGAGAUAAUCCGGUUCAUAAUGACGAAGGAGUUCACAGCGUUCCAGGACCGAGGGUUGUACCACAACGAGAAAAUUGAUCCGAUGUCUGGCCAGCUAUUCUUGCUCAGUGGUCCGAAGUGGAGGCCCCUCAGAGUGAAGUUUACGUCGACGUUCACCACCGGGAAAAUAAAACAGAUGUUUCCACUGGUGAAAGAAGUCGCGGAGAAACUUGGGAAGUGGACGGCCAAGGAGGUGGACCAAAUCGGCGUUGUCGAAGUCAAGGAUCUCAUAGCCAGAUUUAACACGGAUGUAAUAACUGCGGUAGCCUUCGGCCUUGACAGCAGUAGCUUGGAGAACCCGGAAGCGGAGUUCCGCGCUUGGGGCCGGAAACUCCUUGAACCUAAAAUUUUUAAAAAUAUGCUGAUGACACUGUAUCCGUCGAUCAUGACGGCAUUGAACAUCAGUUUUAAUGACAAAGGUACUUCCGAUUUCAUAAUAAAUAUCGUCAAGGACACUAUCGCUCAUAGAACGGCCAAUCACGUGAUUCGAAAGGACUUCAUGGACCUGGUUAUCCAGUUAAUAACUAAGGGCUUUGUGAACUCUGACGACGGCAAAGACAGGAGUCAAGAUCCAGCUGCCAGUGAGAAGAUCACUCUAUUGGAAGGAGCAGCUCAGGUCUUUGUAUUCUGGGUUGCCGGCUUCGAGACGUCUUCUAGCGCCGCCACUCACUGUCUCUACGAGAUGGCGAUGAAUCAGGACAUUCAGGAGAAGCUUGCCGAGGAAAUUAAUACCGUGUUAGAAAAAUUCGGAAGCUUGACAUACGACAGCAUUAUGGAAAUGUCCUAUCUUGACAAGGUUAUUUCAGAAACGCUCAGGAAGUAUCCUUCCUUCCCAAUCCUAAACAGGCAGUGCAACAGGGAAGUCGAGCUGCCCGAGACCGGGUUUGUGGUCCCAGUUGGAACCCCGAUAAUCUUUCCAGUGCUGGGAAUCCACCAUGACCCCGAAAUCUAUCCCGAGCCGGAGAGAUUUGAUCCGGAACGUUUUAACCAAGAGAAUAUUGCAAAGCGACACCAAUACGCUUACCUGCCUUUUGGAAAAGGGCCCAGAAAUUGCAUCGGCAUGAGGUUCGGACUCCUUCAAACGAAAAUCGGUAUCAUCACUCUGCUUUCCGAGUAUCGUUUCAAGCCAGGACCGGACACCAAAGACCACCUACCCACCGAAACAAAAAGUUUUUUUCUCACUCCUCGUGGUAAAGUGACGCUACGUAUUGAGAAACGGCAAAAAAAAUGAGUAGAACUG